AAUUUUCCGGACUACUGUGACAGGAUGUUACAGAAUGGAGAGUACGCAGACCAUGUUGUGGUCAUUGGAAUGUCCAGAAUGCUACAGAGAGACAUAGUUAUUGUCACCAGUGCUCCCAGUACCAAUAAUGAGGAUAGUGUCCUUUGGGUAACUGGUUGUGAUGGUUUUUCCGGUAAUCCUAUUCUUCUUGGGCACAUUUUCGAAAACCACUACCAGUCACUCCAGCCAAAAGGUGACAGUGGCAAACUUGAUCACCACACGAAUGAUUAGCAUGCAACAAAUGAUGAUAACCUUUUUAUUCCUGUUGAUGUGUGCAACGAAGAACUCAGCAACUAUAACAUGACACAUGAUGUUGAAGAUAUGCCAUUCGUAGAGUUUGUGAGAUCCACCUUCAUCAAAAAACGGAAAAAUGGUACUGAUUGCAUUGUUAGACGUUUAAGAAAUGAAGUGGACAACGAAGACGUCAUAACCAAGCAUUUAAUGGAUAUAACAAUCACAGGGAAUUUUAUUCACAGGAAAGCAAAUAAAACCACAUUGCAAUACAGGUGUGAAAGAUGUAAUAAACCAAGAGGAAAAAAACAGGUCCUUUGAAUACCAGGGCAAAUAAUUGUCAGGCAUAUGUGUCAUUCCAAUUUUUGACCCAUUUGAGUAAAAAAGCAGUAAUAAUUCGGCAACAACUAAAACACAAUGGACACAGUUUACAGAUAAAAGAGGAAAAACACCAAUCACGCCCAGAUCACAGCUUACUGCUUUAUAUAGAUGCUUUACUUGAUCAGGGGAAAAAACCCAUGGAAAUAUUGUGCAAAGCAUGGAAAUGGGCUAGAGAUCAAGGGCAUUUUGAUGUGCACGAUAGAAGAUACUAUCUGACACCAGUUGACAUUAAGAAUAUAUGUCAACGUUACAAAAUGGAUAAAAGAAUUCACCAGAAUGAUGCUGUAGCUGUACACGAGCUAUGCACACAAAUACUGAAGGAAGAGAUAAUUUUCUACCAAGAAUUGAAAGAGGGAGUACAGCCAUUAGUAAUUAUUUACCAGAAUGAAGCACAAAGAAAAAGAAUGGUGAAACUAGCAGAAAAUGUGGUGUUUUUAGAUGCUACAUAUAAAGGAUUAACUGCCUAUGGUUAUUCAUUCUAUGCUCUUGUUGCAAGAGAUGAACAGCAAGGCCGAGGCACUCCUCUUUCGUACUGUAUCUCGUCAGAUGAUACUGGUGAAGUUGUCAAAAUAUUUCUGAGAUCUCUGAAGACUACGGCUGAAAAUCAUGGAUUUGAUUUCCGUCCAAGAUCUUUUAUGGUAGACAGAGAUACCAAAGAAAUCAGCGCAAUUAAUGAAGUAUUCCCAAACAGCUCUGUUUUACUUUGCUGGUUUCAUGUUUUACAGGCUGUGUACAGAUUUUUGAAUAAAAAAGAAUCUGGUGUAUCAGGACCCAUGCACGCACAUACCAGAAAAAAAGUUAUUGACUAUAUUAGAACUAUGAAAAUAUGUACCAAGAAAGAAGACUUUUCUCAAAAAGUUAAAAUGUUGCAAGAGAAGAUGCCUUCCAAACAAAUAGCAGACUACUUGUUAGACAACUGGUGUACUGACAAGUGGGGAUGUCGAUGGGCCAACUAUGGAAGACAUUUUUUUCAUGAAGAUCAAGAUACAAAUAACUUAGUUGAAAGGUUUUUCCUGGGCAUGAAAUACCAUUUCCUUGGUGGGUAUGCCAAUAGCAGAGUAGAGGACUUACUACUCCUUCUCCAUGGAAAUGUAUCUAUGUUUUAUGAGUAA